AUGAGUAGCAUGCAGGAGAAUGAUGCUGCCACGGCGCCACCGAUGGCUCUAAUCCGGUGGUGGUUUGGUAAGACGGAAGAAGAGCGACGGAACUUUCUUCAGGGUUCGACCGUGUCGGAGAAGGCACGGCAGAGCAUUCCUUUGGUUGAGGAGUAUGCAAGGCAACAUUGUUAUUUGGUUGCCUGUGAGACAAAUUUGGACAUCUGCCCGAUGCCAUCCUUGUCGCCACUGUUGCGAAGAGGUUCGCAGAGGAGUGGUGGAUAUGGUGUGUGGUUGCCAUGCGCAAUGCAUGGCGAGGGAACAUAUGGAGGUCGAUACACCACAGCGUCACAGCGAGAGAAACGACGAACAUCGGCACAUCGUCUCUUUGGGAAAGUGUGUGCACGUACGGCGAUGUUCUUGCGUGACUACAGUGUGCACUAUGGCCCGGUACGAUCCUUGCUGUCGAAUGAGGAACGGUGGUGCCAUCGUGCGGCUCGCACUAUUGUUGAGGCUCUGGUGGAGGCUUCUGUGGCGGCAUUAUACCGCCUUGGUCUCACAGACGCUUUGGAAAAGAUUGAGAAGGACAUGGCGCAGGAUGCAGAAAAUUGCUCGAGGGGACAAGCGACAGAAGACGGUAGUGUUGCACCGAAGCCCGUUGGUGUACGCCGAGCGGAAACGCAUGGUUGUUUGGGCUUAUGGAUGUUGUUGCUUCCAACUGCCAUUGGAAAAGGGGAGACGGUUCCUUUGCCCAUGCAAAACGCGACGCAGGGUAAAAAACGCUCGCGAAGCACUGAUAAAGAAAACGGUUCCCAAUCUCCAUUGCGGCCGCAGCAGGGACGGUUGCCGUUUGACUCGGAAGUGAACUGUUGGCAGCUCUUGCGAGAACAGAUGGCCUCUUCCUCUACUGACGGGUUAAGAAAUGAGAGCAAUGCAGACAGGGAUGAUGAUGAGGAUGAUGAUGUGGCUGUCAUGGUUCCUAAUUCAGAACCACGCAUCACCAUUACUGAAGCGGACAUGCGAUUUGGUAUUGCUAAGGCAUUGAAGAAUCGAGGGAGACAGUCGACAUGA